AUUUUCUGUCAUAUGCACGUAUGCACGCAUACACCUCGCCCCAUCGCGUUGCUCCACUGGUACAAAGACCGACAGAGGACGGUCAGUAUCGUACCAGUUGGCAUUCGUGUGCGGUCAAACAAACAGCAGCAGCGAGUUUAUUCCAUAGUGAGACCUCCAAGAAACGCAUCCCUCAAAAGUGAAUCGCAUAAUACUGAAGAGCUAAAGGACUUCAAAAGAGUGCAAAAGAGAAUUCCGUUUGUUCUUCACGGUUUUCUUGCGGAGGGUUAAAUACGUUCUCUUCGUCAACGAAAGGUGAUCAGCAUGGGCAUGAUAGCGCGCGUAAGACGUCGCGUUCGCGCGAAUUCACUGACAGUUGAUAAGGAAAAAACAGCACAAAGUGUCUGCCUUCUAAGUGCGAUUCUUCUGCUGCCCUAUUGUCCGCGAGGUCCAUUGCCACUUUUACCAUCGCCUGCGCCGGUUUUGUACUCGGCCCUUGUCUUGCCGGUAGUUCUAAGUGCGAAUUAUAGGUACCCGGUUCCGACUCUCAAGACCCUCGCCGAAGCAGUCAAAGGCGUAGCCAAGAAAGCCUGGCAUCCCCUGAAUCGCUUCCUGAAACGGCUUUAUGCGCCGGUAGAUCGCGCGGAGAAUCUCUUCCUGAAGAUGCGCAAUCUCUCCGUUAUGGCGAAUCAAAUAGUGUUCUUGAUGCUGGCUGACAAGGUGUUGCUGCCGCAGCAGAGGCUGACCUGCCUGUACACGCUCAUGUUCUACAACGUAAUAGCCUACUGCGUGAGCUACAUCAAGGAGCUGAUUCAGAAGGAGGACUGGUCGCCGUACGUCACUCUGACCGAGCGAUCCAAGAUCAAGCAUCUCGCGAUGUCGGCGACCAAGAUCGUGCUUGAGUGGACUAAGGCAGUGACUUUCGUCGUCACGUUGACCUUCAUGCUUCUCGUGUUCGGAUUGGAGCAGGGUCUCGAUCAUUACAAACCUUCAUUGAUCUACACAGUAAUAACGUGGGUCUAUUACUCGGCGACGGAGAAGGUCUUCGUGGAGAUGUUUCCAACGAUCCUAGGCUUCCUGCAGCUGGAAGCGUUGGAGAACAUCGAGAACUUGUACGCGCCGGUGAUACUUCGCUGCUUUACGAUCGCUAUGUCGGCGUUUUUCAGCGUUUUGCUCCUACCGUCGGCCCCCUGGAGGUUCCUGAUGGUCGCCACAUAUCUCAAUGUGUAUCUUCGAUGGAAGGAGCUUAUGCAGAAUUCAGGCGCGGUGUUGCGCCGAGAGCGCCAAGUGUUGAACCGUUAUCGGAAGGCGACCCUCGAGGAGAUCGAGAGGUUCGACGACGUGUGCGCGGUGUGCCUGUGCGGCAUGACGAAGGCCAGGGUGACGCCGUGCCAUCAUCUCUUCCACGCGGACUGUCUGCGACAAUGUCUGAAGACCAGCGACAAUUGUCCCAUGUGCAAGCGCGAGCUUAAAUUCGAUUGAAGGCGACGAUAAGAAAUCUUUUCUCCGUCGCUUCCAGGCAUUCGUGAGAAACGCGUUAUUAAAAAUGAACAAGAAAGAAUAAAUGUCUCAUACAUUCGAAGAUGACACUUCUGUCCAUAAGAUUUAAGACAUCCAUUAUGUAUCUGAGUAUGAUAAUAUUUACGACGUCGUUUGUGCUUAAGAAAUUUACAACGUCUUUUCGUGUCUUAAAAGAUUUAAAAGAAAAAAAAUGAGAAAUCUAUUUUAGACACCGUAUUGUCCGGGAUGAGAUUGAUAAGAGGGAGAAGCUUGCGAGAAUAUUCGAUAAUAUAUUCGUAAUGCUUGGAAUGCAUGUUCCUUUAGAUUAACAUUACUGUGAUAUAGGUCAGCAGCAUCGUAGCUUAAGAUUAUGCCGGAGAUACAUUUUAUUAUCACGGUCAACUCGCGAUUGAGCUGAUAUGUAAUUCGUAACUUUAACGUAACUGGCAAAUGGAAAUACGCUUAUGUACUUUGUACUAUCUUUCAUUAGUGUGUAGUGUUCGUGUAGCCGGUCGGAGAAAAUUGCAUUGUUUAUAUAUAUUUGUAAAGUAUUCUUUUUCUGUGUUGUGGAAUGUAUUGUACAACCUCUGUCUCCAACUUCUCUAUUUUUACAAAUUUAACAAGCUUGUCAUUUCUUAUUUUACAAAAUUAUUUUGCGGAAUUGUUGAUAGAAUUAACAGAAUUUAUAAUGGUAUAAAGUUUUGUAUAUUGUAAUUUUUUCUUUUGUUUAAAGUCAUGGUAAACUUAAAAGACCAUGCACGUGGUUAUGAUGAUGCAAUUAAUAGUAUUGAUUAAAUAGUAUUGAAAAAUU